AUGGUUCUCAAGACAGAGCUCUGCCGUUUCAGCGGUGCCAAGAUAUACCCAGGGAAGGGUAUCAGAUUCAUCCGCUCAGACUCUCAAGUCUUCCUUUUCUCCAACUCAAAGUGCAAGAGCUACUUCCACAACCGUCUCAAGCCAGCUAAACUCGCAUGGACGGCCAUGUACAGGAAGCAGCACAAGAAGGAUAUUCAUGCUGAGGCUUCAAAGAAGAGGCGCCGCACCACCAAGAGGCCGUAUUCCAGGUCAAUUGUAGGUGCUUCCCUUGAAGUUAUCCAGAAGAAGAGAGCUGAGAAGCCGGAGGUCCGUGAUGCAGCCAGGGAAGCAGCUCUGCGUGAGAUCAAGGAGCGGAUUAAGAAGACCAAGGAUGAGAAGCGAGCAAAGAAGGUGGAGGUGACAAAAUCCCAGAAGACCACCGGCAGAGGCAACGCCCCCAAACCUGGAAAGGCCCCCAAGCUUGGCGGUGGUGGCGGGAAGCGCUAG